AUUGAGAUGGCGGAUGGAUUGAUGAUGAUGAUGUUGAUGAUGAUGAUGAUGCUGCCACGCGGAUUCAACAACGUCCAGAGUAAAGCCCUGACGCAUCGGCAUGAGCAUUGAACCCUGAUAGAAGAGGAGCAGGAGAAUGAGACAGCGCUAUGCAGAUAAACAAUGGCAGCAGGGGCAUCGGAUGGUGAUUUAUGGGGCGGUCUUCCUCAUCAUGACCCUCCUCAUCCUCUACAGCUCCAACAGCUCAGCUGAUCUUUACAGGCCCUUUAAAGUCAACGAGUUACACCACGCCAUCAAACACACCAACCUCAAGAAAUGGGCCGGAAAGGAGGGAUACAUUCCUGUUUACGGCAACAAGAGCAUGAAGCUGCACUGCCAUCAGUGUGCGUUAGUGACAAGCUCCAGUCAUGUGUUGGGGACUCACGCCGGAGACGAGAUCGACCGCACAGAGUGCAUCAUCCGCAUGAACGACGCCCCAACCUCUGGCUACGAAUCAGACGUGGGGAACCGGACCAGCGUGCGCGUCGUGGCUCAUUCCAGCGUCUUCCGUGUGGUUCGCAAACCUGCCGAGUUCCUCAAUCGCUCAGAGAGCCCUGCCAUCAUAUUCUGGGGCCCGUCAACGAAGAUCGGCCGCGAGGCGAAGGGAACGCUGUACCGUCUGAUCCAGAGAGUCAGCAUGACCUACAGUAACCUGUCCUUCUUCCUCAUCUCUCCCAGCAAAAUGCAGAGGUUCGACACACUCUUUCAGAAAGAGACCGGCCGAGACAGAAAAAAGUCUCAGUCCUGGUUAAGCACAGGCUGGUUUACCAUGGUCAUAGCCAUAGAGAUGUGUGACAACAUAAAGGUUUAUGGGAUGGUGCCGCCAAACCAUUGUGGGAAGCGUCCUCAGCCCAAACGGAUGCCCUAUCACUAUUACAAACCCAGAGGUCAGGAUGAGUGUGUGAUGUACCUCCAGAACGAGAGGGGGCGCCGCGGAUCACACCACCGCUUCAUCACUGAGAAACAGGUGUUUGCACACUGGGCCAAGCAGUACAACAUCAGCUACAGCCACCCGACCUGGUGAGAAACACGUCCCACAUGCUGGCUUUCUGUACCUCUGUGGCCUUCUGAUCCAAGAUGGCUACCAUUUCAAAUCGCCUGCUGGUUUCUCUUUGAUCUGGAUCAGUGGCUGAGCCAAAAUGGAGGCCAUGCAGGGAUCCAGGAAGUGGACAAUCUUAGUUUUCCUUAGGAAUAGGAACAGAUGAUGGAACGUUUAUUGUCAUAAGCAUGACAGUUACGUACUACUGCCAUGAAGUUUUCCUAAGCCUUCUCUUACACAGUUUUUCACCCACAAUCGGUCAUUUCUCAGACAAUGCAGGCCUUUUGGUUGGAGAAUGAAACAGAAAUCCUUUAUGUCAGUUGCCAAAUAGGAGAUUCAUUCACAUCUUGUGGUACAAUCAACACAUCUGAAUGUUAGUCAUGUGAAACUACCAGGGAAUAGGAACGAGAAUUUAACAACUUUACAAGAUUAAGAGUAUAUUUUAUUGUGUAAAUAAGAAUGUCAAUUGUUAUUCCAAAAAAAAAAAAAAAAACAUUUGUACAAGUUUAUAUGGUUUUAAAAUGCCCUAAAAAACACAAUAUUACAAGAAAAUACAAAAAAUUCAAAUAAAAAAAAUAAA